AUGACACGCGCCAUCCCCGAGGAUGUGAACCGAAUCGCCGAAUUCCUGACCUAUGAGCAGAUUCCUUCGACUCUCCCAUCGACCCAACCCGCCACGAACUGCAUCGUGCUCUGCGUUUCUGCAAUUCUGGACGUUGCGGACAUCGUCUUCUCUCAACUCGAGCAAUGUCCCACCCUGACCCAGACUUUGGUUCUCUGUGGCGGGAUCGGCCACUCCACCCCAUACCUGUAUGAAGCUGUCGGUCGGCACCCGCGCUUUGCCCACCUGGCGGAAGAAACCCACGGAUUGCCCGAAGCCCAAGUUCUCCACCGCAUCUUCACCCGCUGCUUCGAUGCGCCUCGCAUCCAGCAAUCGGGUUGCCGUGUCCUCGUCGAAGACCAAUCCACCAACUGCGGUGCCAACGCGAUCCACACGCGGAAGCUCCUGCUGCAGAACGACAUCCCCCAUCCAGGAUCGAUGCUGAUCGUGCAAGAUCCGACCAUGGCCCGGAGGACAAUCGCUUCGUUCGAGCGGGUUUACGAGUCGGAUCCAACCCCCCCGCGCUUCUGGAGCUGGCCGAUCGUGGUGCCGAGGGUGCGACUGGAGGGCCAGGAGCUGGUGUAUGAUAUACCGAGGAUACCUACAGAUCGGCUAUGGAGUCGGGAGAGAUUCCUGGGACUGCUUCUGGGAGAGAUUCCCCGAUUACGUGACGACCAGAAUGGAUACGGGCCCAAUGGAAAGGGGUUUAUUGGACAUGUGGAUAUACCGGAGGAGGUCGAGAGAGCGUGGGAGAGGCUACGGCGGAUGGAGAUGGCACGACGGUGA